ACGCGCCUAUGAAUAUACACCAUCGGCAUUGAGUGCAACUAUAUGAUGCCGACAUGGCGGGGCUCGGUGACUGCGAUGAGUUCCCGAAGUCACAAGGGCUCUCCGCAGGUAUAAAGUCUGGCGGGUUUACUCGAUCAUUCUUCAGUUCAAGUCGCCCCAAGCUCCUUGAUCAACCAACUUCAACGCUCUUUCGAAAGAAUCCCCAAACCAAACUUUAGUCUUACAAAAAUGUUUGUUCGUAUCCUGUCCAUCACGUCCCUUGCUGUUCUGGCUAUCGCCACGCCUCUCGCUCUACGUGACACCAGCGGCCAGUGCAACACCGGCAAUAUUCAAUGUUGUCAGUCGACUCAGCCAGUCGACGAGUACAACAAGAACCUGACGAUGUCUGGGGGUAUCCCCAUCUUCGCUGACAUCCUCGGUGAAGUUGGUCUCGGCUGCAGCCCAAUCAGCGUGGUUGGUACUGGUGACGGUGCAAACUGUCUCCAGCAGCCCGUCUGCUGUAGUAACGAGUCAUACAACGGCCUCAUCAACAUCGGCUGCACGCCCAUCAACCUCUUCCUCUGAGCUUCGAAGGCGGGGAAGCGCGCUUGUGAUAGAGGGAUGAGCUAUAAGCGCUAGCUUUGGAGGCGGUCGCUAUCAGUUUGUUAUAGUUUUACUCGGGCUUCAGAGGUUCCCUAUUAGCAAUAUGUCAAUGCACGCUCUUUGUUUCUGAUUGAUUCGUCAGAGCGUCUGAAAUAAAAGUAAAUAGUCUAGUCAAAUCCAGCUGUCCGCCUGUUUAUCAACUUAACCUUUUGAUUUUUGCUCGAGUCCCUAGGCUCUAGGCCUAGUCCUCAAUGACA